GAUGUCGUUGCUCAUACGCUGCCAGUCGCACGUUUUGCUCGUUAUAAAAUCGGUCGACCUUGUUUCCUCGGCCUCACGCCCUUGCUCUUUGUCUAGGAUGUCGUUAGACGCCCUUGGUGUCGCAAGCCAUAAUUGGCAAGCCAACAUCUCUGCAUAGGCCAACUGAAAUGUACGCGGUACCACGUGGAAGCUCCUGUGCCGCGCGUCGUUUGGGCGGUGCCUUCGUCCAAGAAGAGCGACGUAUCAAUGUCAUGGGCUAUCUGUUAUGCACUGGUGAACCCAUAUGACUGCUAGCCCAAGGUCAAAGGCUUAGGUCAACGGUUGUGCUCUGAUGCCCAUCACCUCUGGUAUCCGGAUGCGACGGUUUCUCGACUUAAUACCUUUGUAUUGAUUGGAGUGGCAAUAAAUAUUUUCAAAGCACAAUGUUCUCGGCGCUGAGCUCGCCGACGCUGGCCAAGCACGCCGAGUGGAGCUGCACCCAGCGCGCCACGACAGGCGGCGCCAAGCAACACGUCUUCCGCCUGCAUGCCAAGCUCGGGUCCUGGGACCUCGCGCGCACCUUUGUCGAGCUCGAGUUCUUCCGCGAGACGCUUCGGACGCUCUACACCAGCGAGGUCGGCAGCAACAGCCACGAGACGACGUGGCCACGCCGCCUGCGGCACGUGCUAACGCUGCCAUUUCCGAGCGUCGAGUGGCUGCCAUGGGCGACGGGCCAGCUCGGGCGCUUCGUCGCGGCGCUCGUGGCCCUGUACGACGACGCCGCACUCGUCACGACGCCGACCUUUCUCCUCGGCGUGCUCCAGCCGCUCCUACGCAAGUUCCUCGACUGCGCCAACGUCGAGUCGCGCUUCGUUCGCGCGACCAGCGAGCUCGCUGUGACGUACAGUCCACGGCGGAGCUAUGUGCCUCGGCUCUCCGCGCCCGCCGCGCUGGCCCACCGAGCCUCCCACGCCGUUCUAUGAUGCCGUCUCGUAUGCACAUCAUGACCCUCAAAUGCUAAUGCAAACGGGGCGGUGCCCAUGUAUAUGUCUUGAGAUCGCACGUUGGUGCUAUUGGUGUCGUAUGUCAACGUUGAGGCGGCGGGCGAGCCCUCGAUGCUGCCGUGACACCGAGCUCGUUGCGGCUCGUGUCGAUAUAUUAUUAUUGAUCUCGCGUUCAUGAAUUGGCUAAUUGGUCUUUUUCG